AUGUCUGCGCUGCCUCCUUCUCCUUUGGUUGAGAUGGGAUCUGAUUCUGAUGCAUCUCCUCUUAGAUCUCCUUCUCCUUUGCCUCCUCCUCCGGUUUCUCAGCCUUCAAAGCCAAGAUCAGGCUUAGAGCUGCUUGUUAGGGUUGUUAGAAUUGUUAGGACCUGGAUCCAUGUUGCCUGGUUUAAUGUUGGGAUGUGUUCAUCAGAUUCAGAUCCCUCGAUUAUGACUUACGUCUUAUCAUCAUUACCGUCUAACCGUGACUUGGUUUAUUCCGCUAACUUCAAGUUAAUACACAGAAUCACUGAAUCCGAAUGGGAUUCACUUGUAAGCCAGUCCAAACUCCUGGUGAUGGUUAUGUUCUUUGCUGAGUGGUGUGCACCAUGUCUUGAGAUGCUCUCCAUACUGGAUGCACUGAACAGUCACUUUACAAAUCGGUUCAAAUUCUACAUAGUCGAGAUUGAAGAAGAAGUUAUCAUAGACCGUUGUUAUGUAGACUACCUUCCGACCUUUAUUGUCUUCAAAGGCGGAGAAGAAAUGGAUAGACUUGUCGAACCUGAUGAUCCAAGGAAAAUAUGGGAGCUCGUGGAUCAAUAUAUGUGA